ACAGAUACAAAACGAUGCCUUCCUCGUACCUUAAAAAGAACUCCUCUUCAUACCACCCUUAGUCCUGUUCCUAGCUAGACAAACAUUUUUACCACCACCACCCCCGCCCCCUCCUUCAUUGCACCCUCAUCUCCACCAUGGAAGCCAGCGCAGGACUUGUCGCUGGUUCUCACAACCGGAACGAGCUUGUUGUCAUUCAUGGCCAUGAAGAGCCUAAGCCCUUGAAAGAUUUAACCGGUCAAGUUUGUGAGAUAUGUGGUGAUGAGAUUGGCCUCACAGUCGAUGGAGACUUGUUCGUGGCUUGUAAUGAGUGUGGUUUUCCAGUCUGCCGGCCGUGCUAUGAGUAUGAGAGGAGAGAAGGCACUCAACUUUGCCCUCAGUGCAAAACAAGAUACAAACGACUCAAAGGGUGUCCAAGGGUGGAGGGCGAUGAUGAUGAGGAAGAUAUCGAUGACAUUGAACAUGAAUUUAACAUUGAUGAUGAACGAAACAAAAAUACUAAAAUUGCUGAAGCAAUGCUACAUGGAAAGAUGAGUUAUGGACGAGGACCAGAAGACGAAGAAGCUGCCCAAUACCCUCCUGUCAUUGCUGGUUUCCGCUCUCGGCCUGUGAGUGGUGAAAUUCCUAUAUCGACUCAUGCUAACGGAGAGCAGAUGUUCGGCUCCUCCCUACACAAACGUGUGCACCCAUAUCCAGCUUCUGAGCCUGGAAGUGCAAGAUGGGAUGACAAGAAAGAGGGAGGUUGGAAAGAAAGAAUGGAAGAUUGGAAGAUGCAGCAAGGAAAUAUAGGGCCAGAAGCUGAUGAUGCUGCAGACGCUGACAUGGCUAUGAUAGAUGAAUCGAGACAGCCACUGUCAAGGAAAGUACCAAUCGCAUCAAGCUUGGUAAAUCCUUACCGGAUGGUGAUUGUGGCUAGGCUCGUGGUUCUGGCAAUCUUCCUCCGAUAUAGAAUCCUGAACCCUGUGCAUGAUGCACUUGGCCUCUGGCUCACUUCAAUUAUAUGUGAGAUCUGGUUUGCCUUCUCAUGGAUUCUCGAUCAGUUUCCCAAGUGGUUUCCAAUCGAUCGGGAGACUUACCUGGAUCGCCUCUCUCUCAGGUACGAGAGGGAAGGUGAACCUAAUAUGCUUGCCCCCAUUGAUGUCUUUGUCAGUACCGUGGAUCCAAUGAAGGAACCUCCUCUUGUUACCGCUAAUACAGUUCUCUCAAUAUUAUCAAUGGACUAUCCCGUUGAGAAAAUCUCAUGCUAUGUAUCUGAUGAUGGAGCUUCAAUGUGUACCUUUGAAUCACUAUCAGAAACUGCAGAAUUUGCUCGAAAAUGGGUUCCCUUCUGCAAGAAAUUCUCUAUAGAGCCUCGAGCACCUGAGAUGUACUUCUCGCUGAAGAUUGAUUAUCUGAAGGAUAAAGUGCAGCCGACCUUUGUGAAGGAGCGAAGAGCCAUGAAGAGAGAGUAUGAAGAGUUUAAGGUUAGAAUCAAUGCUAUGGUGGCUAAGGCUAUGAAAGUUCCUCCAGAGGGGUGGAUCAUGCAAGAUGGAACACCAUGGCCAGGAAACAAUACUAAGGAUCAUCCUGGUAUGAUUCAAGUCUUUCUAGGUCAUAGCGGCGGCCCCGACGUUGAAGGAAAUGAACUUCCUCGGCUUGUUUAUGUUUCCCGUGAGAAAAGGCCUGGUUUCCAGCAUCACAAAAAAGCUGGUGCCAUGAACGCCCUGGUCCGUGUCUCUGGUGUUCUUACAAAUGCUCCAUUCAUGCUGAACCUGGAUUGUGACCACUACGUAAACAACAGCAAGGCUGUCAGGGAAGCAAUGUGCUUCUUGAUGGAUCCACAACUUGGAAAGAAGGUUUGCUAUGUGCAAUUCCCACAGAGAUUUGAUGGAAUAGAUAGACAUGACAGAUAUGCCAACAGAAACACGGUCUUUUUUGAUGUAAUACAAGGGCUUUGCAACAUGCAGUUGGGUUGGAUUUAUGGCUCUAUCACAGAAGAUAUCCUAACAGGGUUCAAGAUGCAUUGUCGUGGUUGGAGGUCAGUUUACUGUAUGCCAAAACUAGCUGCAUUUAAGGGCUCUGCUCCGAUCAACCUAUCAGAUCGUCUCAACCAGGUGCUUCGGUGGGCUCUUGGUUCUGUUGAGAUCUUUUUCAGUCGACAUAGCCCUGCCUGGUACGGCUAUAAAGGAGGAAACCUAAAGUGGCUUGAGCGAUUUGCAUAUGUUAACACAACCGUCUACCCCUUCACCUCUUUACCUCUGCUUGCUUACUGCAGUCUCCCCGCAAUCUGCUUACUGACAGGAAAGUUCAUAAUGCCAGAGAUAAGCACCUUUGCAAGUCUAUUCUUCAUUGCGCUCUUCCUCUCAAUUUUCACUACUGGCAUCCUUGAGCUAAGGUGGAGUGGAGUUAGCAUUGAGGAGUGGUGGAGAAAUGAGCAAUUUUGGGUUAUUGGUGGUAUCUCUGCUCACCUGUUUGCUGUCAUACAAGGUCUUCUAAAGGUUUUGGCUGGGAUUGACACCAACUUCACUGUCACAUCUAAGGCAUCAGAUGACGAUGACUUUGGUGAGUUAUAUGCCUUCAAAUGGACUACCCUGCUCAUCCCACCAACCACUAUUUUAGUAAUCAACCUAGUUGGUGUUGUUGCUGGGAUCUCCGAUGCCAUAAACAAUGGAUAUCAAUCAUGGGGUCCUUUAUUUGGAAAGCUCUUCUUUGCCUUCUGGGUGAUUGUCCAUCUCUAUCCAUUCCUUAAAGGUCUCAUGGGUAAGCAGAAUAGGACGCCCACAAUUGUCAUCAUCUGGUCGGUACUUUUGGCUUCUAUAUUUUCCUUGCUCUGGGUCCGAAUUGACCCGUUUAUACUGAAAACCAAGGGUCCUGACGUAAAACAAUGUGGCAUCAAUUGCUGAAACAAUCUCAAUUUUCAAGUGAAAGCUGCAUUUUGUGGACAGAUGCGUAUACAGUCUGCUGUUGAAGGUGUAAUGUAUGACCAAGCAAAGAGGAAUUACAAAAGAAAGAAUAAGUCACCUGUAAAAUUUUUGUUUAGCAAAAGAAUGAUACUCAAUUUUGUAUAUGACAAACAUAGGCGUGCUUAAGAAGUUUUCUAUUAAAAAAGUAUGCAGCUUGGAGAUCAA